AUGGCAAAGAGCAAAGAUGACAUAAAGUAUGCAACUUCACAGGCGAGACUAACUGAGGAUGAAGGUGUGAGGGUGGCUUACAAGCAUGGAACUCCACUUGAAGGAGGAAAGAUUGCUGAUUCUGAACCAGUUGAUCUCUUCUCAUGUGCUCACAAAAAUGGUCAAAACAGUGAUCAAUCUUCUUCAGAUACCACCACUCAGUCUCAGCUGCACCGUCAUACUAAAACUAAUGAUGAAGAAGGUGGUGGUGGUGGUGGUGGUGGUGGAGAAGAACACAACACCAGGACUGGUAAGCCACCAGUUCUUGGGGGGCCUAAAUAGAUUCUACAUAUACAUACAGGUUUCUACUGGUUGGAAUCUCAGUCUGUAGCUUCAAUGCUGAAAGAGUUGUGUUUCAACUCUAGUUUUUCCUUUGUUCCUGUCAUAUGGUGGCUGGUUGUAUGAGAGAGAAAGAUGC